AUGUUUGCAGUCACUGGCGAGGUACGAAAAAAGGUACAUGAAAUUGUCUUGGAAAAAUCGAAUGUCAUUUUUUUGGUUCUCGCUCUCAAUCGGAAACUUCGCUCUCAAUCGUGCGAAAACCCUGUUCAAGGUGUUCGGUGCACUUCAUGGGAUCGGUUUUGGGGGGAAGGGUUCGUGGUCCAAGCUCGGGCAAGACGGCGCCGUUCCGAGGAGGACUCGACGCAGAAGUACGAGGUGACCCACGCGCCUUGGUGCAAGGAAGGAACCUCUGAAGACCCACUGUUCGUCUUGAGGAGGGAAGGCUUCCACCUCAACAACGACAACCUCGUUGUUUUUUCGGCCCCUGUCGUUUGCUACAACGACGCCUUCAACUGCUUUGGCAUGGGAAACAAGGCGGUGCAGAGACUGAGGCGACAGACGCACGUCGGAACCCUUGCUAGCACCGGAGCUUCUUGCCAAGGCGAGAUCGGUCUUCAGUGUGAGAUCCUUGGAUUGCUGCAGCGGGCGUGCUUGGGAGAAUGCAUGCUCAGGGACGACGGAGCAAUAUCGAAGCAUGAGCUGUGCCAAGUUUCCUGCCUCGAGAUGUUGUCAACUCAGGGUCGACGGCUGGUCUCGGCGGUCGUGGCUCAGAACCUUUCUCUGGUAUACCCAGCUGGCACGGAGCGUCUCAAGGAUAUCGUGUCCAACUACUCGUCUCUCACUGGGAGCGACAAGUGGACACUGCAGUCCAUCAUGCUGCUCGUCUUCCGACCGAUUCUUGCAAAUGUCGGAGCCAUGGUGAGGUUUUUCACAUUAGCGCCCGGAGGGGGGAGGAGACCUCUGCUUUGAGUUGAUCGUACCGUAUGAAUAGGAGAGUACGUAUACGACAUGAUAGUUGCUGAUGGUCCGCCUUACGAAAAAGAUACAGAUAAAUGUACAUGGCUGGACUGGACGAAAUAGGAGGAAGAUACAGAGACAUGUUUGAGGCAUGGAAUUUAGCACGAGAGACGGUAGCUAUGCUGGGGCACAGGAAUGGGGCUGACAAGGCGGGA